AUGGACAACUCGGAGUCGCGCCCGUUGGCUCUCGACACGGUCUCAGUCGCCUCAUGGCCUUAUGCGCCGUUCAACCUGCGCCACCUCAAGCAGCCCGUCCCGAAUGACCUGCCGCCGCAAUGCGACUCGUCCGUCUUCACGUUUGAGGAUGCCUUUGAGGACCUGCUCGCCGUCUCGCAGGGGCAGCCCCUGCCUGACAUCAGGUCCAGGUACGACCAGCGGCAGCUGCUGCGGCAAAUGUUCUCCAACGGCGAGCCCACCUGGUUCUGGCUUCGACGGCUGGAAUCCCAGGGGCUGCUUCGACGGCCCACUCGCGAGGAGCUUUACUACAGGCCGCGGAACUUUGGUCUGCUGGAAGACGAUGACGAUGCCGGUGCCGAAUGGGGAUUGUCCAAGUCGGGCUGGAGCGACUGGUCCAGGCUCCAUGAGGAGCUCGAUCGCAAGGCAGCCGAGGUUUGGAACCGCGCCGCGUCAAUGGAGAAACCGCAAAACGGCGAAGCUCACGGCCACGGCUUCUUUGACGAGGUGCACCAGGUGUUCAAGCAGUUAGAAGAGAGCUUCCACGGCCGCAACAGGCCGCACAGAGAAGACCGUCAAGGCCAGCAUCAGAAGAGCCUCCCCGAUCACUUUGACGAUCUGUUCUCUUCGAUCAGCUCGAGCGUUGCAGAGGGCCACAAGACGUGGGACGCAUUCGUCAAGAGUAUCACGGACAGUAGCACCAAGGCUGACAAUAAGCCGGCAUCUACCGAUAGCUCAGUAGUAGCUUCUCUGCCACCCAGCACGAGGGAGGAAAAGGUAUACGACAAUGGGGUCAAAGAGGUCGUCACGAGAGACGAAAAGGUCAACAGUUUCGGCUACUUGACCACGACGGUCACGAAGAAGACGUACGACAAGAAUGGCAACGAGAUUGGCACGGAGACGCACUUCUCCAUGCGUCCCGCCGACAGGACGCACAGAGUCGACGCUGCUCCCUCCAGCGAUGCCAAUGUCAUUGAGCGAAGGGACACAGAUUCAGAUGACCAGCAGACGCAGGAUAAGAAGUCGGGGUGGUUUUGGAAAUAG